UUAGCUGCUCGCCUUUGACGUCUGAGCAGAGUAAAGGGUGCUGCGUUCUGCUACGCCGCGCUUCGCCUUGGGAGAAAAAAAUAGAUCCCGUGUUUCAAACACCGGCAAAGUCGUCAACGAGCUCAAAGAAUCGCCUGUUUGAUGAAAAGUCUAACGCCGGGGUUUACCCAUUAAAACACAAACAUAAGCCGGAGGCUGUGUCUUACUUUGGGGCAUUUCCCGUGGUGGCGGAAGGAUGCGAAGCGCCGCUGUUGUAAGAGAAGGGGCUGGUCUAUAUGUGGGAGACUAAAAAUAGCAACAUUGUAUCUUUUUUAUACAAUUAUUCAUUUCGCGGCUGAUACAGUAUCCUCUGACUGGAUUUUUCUGACAGUUGAGGAGAAAGUGAAUGCUGUUUCUGCGAACACUCAAAGGUUUAAAAGUUUGGAAAAUUGUCAGGGUCGCCGUCAAAGAGGCAGGAAUCAGCUUUGAAAGAGGGGAAAUAAAGCUGAACAAGUCCACAAGAAGAUAGUUCAUGAGAGAAAUCUGUACCAUGCACUAGAACAUUAAAUACUGACAAAACUACAAUUCUACACUGAUAUCUUAGAAAAAAGAAGUUGAAGAUGGGGCGGAAAAAGAUUCAGAUUACAAGGAUCAUGGAUGAGCGCAAUAGACAGGUCACAUUCACAAAGAGAAAAUUUGGAUUAAUGAAGAAAGCCUAUGAACUGAGUGUAUUGUGUGACUGUGAAAUAGCUUUGAUAAUAUUCAACAGUUCAAACAAAUUGUUUCAGUAUGCUAGCACUGACAUGGACAAAGUUCUACUCAAGUAUACGGAGUAUAAUGAACCCCAUGAAAGCAGAACCAAUUCAGAUAUUGUUGAGACCUUAAGAAAGAAAGGACAUAAUGACUGUGAUAGCCCAGACCCAGAUGAUUCUUUUGAGCACAGUCCGCUCAUGGAGGACAAAUACAGAAAGAUUAAUGAAGAUAAUGAUGUAAUGUUCAAGCGAUAUGGUGCGCUUAACAAGAAAGAACACAGAGGUUGCGACAGUCCGGAGCCUGACUCCUCAUACGUGCUCACCCCCCACACAGAGGAAAAAUAUAAAAAAAUAAAUGAAGAGUUUGAUAACAUGAUGAGGAAUCACAAACUCGCACCUGGUUUGCAACCUCAAAACUUUGCAAUGCCAGUUGCAAUUCCUGUGAGCAAUCCAAACACGUUAACUUACAGUCACCCAGGAAGCUCUCUUGUAACUCAUUCAUUGGUAACCACAUCUAUAACAGAUACCAACAUGCUUUCGCCACCCCAGGCUACACUGCCCAGAAAUGUUAUGUCACCAGGUGCCCCACAGAGACCUCCGAGCACUGGUAAUGCAGGUGGAAUGAUGGGUGACCUUACAAUGCCAAAUGGUGCGGGUACUAGCCCUGUGGGAAAUGGUUUUGUUAACCCUCGAGCUUCUCCUGGGCUACUGUGCUCCACUAGUGGAAAUGGGUUGGGCAAAGUAAUGCCCACGAAGUCUCCACCCCCUCCUGGUGGAAAUAUUGGAAUGAAUAAUCGCAAACCAGACCUUCGUGUAGUCAUCCCACCGACUAGCAAGGGAAUGAUGCCACCUCUGAAUGUACAGAGGAUAAGCAGUUCACAAUCAACACAGGCUCUUGCAACUCCUGUUGUGUCUGUUACUACUCCAAGUCUACCAUCACAUGGACUGUUGUAUUCGACAUACAACAAUGAUUAUUCACUAAGCAGCGCUGACUUAUCUGCACUACCAGGAUUCAACUCACCAGGGACAUUGUCAUUAGGGCCAAUGUCUGCUUGGCAGCAACAUCACCUUGGACAAACAGCCCUCAGCUCACUAAUAGUUAACAGUCAGUCACUUCAAGGUGCAAACCUUUCAGUCAACACAAAUCAAAAUGUCAACAUCAAAUCAGAGCCCAUCUCGCCUCCCCGAGAUAGAAUGACGCCCUCGGGUUUCCCGCAACAGACGCGACAUGAUACAGGACGCUCGCCAGUUGACAGCCUGAGUAGUUCCAGCAGCUCUUACGAUGGGAGUGAUCGUGAAGAACCACGGGGUGACUUCCAUUCACCCAUUGGACUCCAGAGGCCCUCAACGGAUGACCGAGAGAGCCCAUCCGUAAAGCGUAUGCGGAUGGACACAUGGGUGACAUAAAGCCCUCGUUUUGCUGCAGUUUUGUAGUAAUCUCUUUUGUUACAAGAGAACUGUCCUUACAUAUCUAAGACAAGGACGUGGAAAGUGUAUAAGUUAAUCAGGUACUCUACAGUGCAAAUUAAUUGUAUAUUUGCAGGUGUCCCACAUUUAAAUUGUAGUCACUGUCCCAGUCUGGCACUUAUUUGUAUUAGCUGUUAUCUUAUACUGGUUUGCAAAAAAAAAAAAUUAUAUUCAACCCUACCAUGCUUGCAGAAACAAGACAGUUGGUUGUCAAUUCUGACAGUGUCCUGUAUGUGUGUAUAAAAAAUGGUGUGGCUAGUUAAAUUUUCUGCUUAGUAUCAUUGAAGCUGUAGAAAGAAACAAAAGAGAGCAAUACUGUACAUAAAAUAAAUGUAUGAUAUUGAACCUGGCAUGGGUCUCCGUCUCUUGAAGGAGUGUUUUAAACUGCACGGUGUAGGGUUGAGGUGAGCAGUUCUUUCUGCAUGUGCAAAAACGGGUUGUUGAAGCGACAGAACAGUUUAUUGGAAACAUGCAUUAAGUACCUGCAUGAGAAAUGAGGAGACAGUAGGUGAAAUAUAGCAUUAAGAGAAACUUAAUAUAUUAAGUUAUAAUUGGAAUUUGGUUAAAGUUCUUUUAUGUUGAUGUCUGAAAUCCAAAUUUGAUUCCAGAUCACUUAUAUAUAUUUUUAUUAAAAGAAAACAUAAUACCCUGACUUAUUAUUGAUUAUAUAGAACUGUAUAAUUUUAAACACAUUCAGCUAUGAAAUUAUUUAUAUAUGCCAAAGUUGCAUGUUAAUGCUCUCUAGACAUGGUUUAUCUUGUUACCUUGGCUUAGAUUUGCUUUUUUUAAAUGCAGGCUAAACCUUAAAAGCCGUGAACACUUGCUAACCUAUAUGUAAAGAGAAUUUGAGCCAAAUGUCUGUGUAUAUAGCAUCCUAAAUAUAUCACUUUUGGUGUCAGUGUACAAUGUAUUGUACGUUCACCAGAUCAAAGUAUAUUUUUGUGGAUAAUCGCCAAUUUGACAGGGCAAGAUCCUUAUGCGUAGAUCAUCCACUGGCAAUUACUAUUUUGUUUAAUAUGCUGUACUUCCUUGGGUUUUAAUUAUAUAUGGCAUUUGCAGAAAGUAGUAAAAGUUUUAUUUUCCUCUAUGGCAGUGAAUGUGUAUAAUAAUUGUCAUUUGUGCUGUAUGGUAAUGCUUUACUAUACAUAUAAAAAGCAGAUCCUCAAUCCCAAUGUUAUAUUUGUCAUGCACAAACUUGAAAACAAGUUCCUUAUUGUAGACUGUUGUGGAUGGAAUUUCACUGCUUUAUUCAAUUACACUUUUCUGAUAUAAGCUGCCUUUUGUGAUAAUUCACUGACAGUAGACACUUGUGGUUUAUAUAAAAAAAAUACCUGCAAGAGAGUAGUGCGGGUGAGUACCUUUUGACAGUAAUAAAUACAAAAGGUGUCUUUUAUAUAUUUAAAAUAAAGGAUUGUUCAGUGGUGAGUGCAAUAGGAGAUUUGACAAUCAAAGGGGGAGGCCUGAGUGCACACUUGUAGAAAUAGAGCAAUAGAGUAAGGUUUGUACCCCCUCGAACGGACUGACCUGAUGACUCCCAAGUGAGUCAAGGUUGAUUGCACCAAAGGGAACCAAAUCCGUUCAUGUUCAUCUCUAGUACACAUUAAGUAAUUUAGUGAUUAGAAGUACGUAAUAAAAAAGUGGGAACUAAAUUGACAUGUAAAUUGCCAAUUGUUUCCAGUGACAUCACUGUAGAAACUGGCCCCUUCAUUAAUCAUCGGAUUUCAUCUCCAAAAAUGAUGAGGUAUUUCAAUGGGACAUAACAGUUAUACUAAUGAAUAAACAGUCAUUAAUAAGUAAUAAACAGUUGAUUUUUGGCAACCUUUAAAGCUCAGUAUACACAGCCAUAAAAUGAUGGCAACAAGCUUGCAAUUGAAUAGACCUCUUUCUUGGUUUAUAGUGGAUUCCAUUCCUUGUAUAGAGUGAAGCUCAAAGUGUAUAACCUGACAGGCUCUGGAGGUUUAUGCCAUUAGUACUUAUCUGUUAAGCUGGAGUUAUAAGCAUUGUUUUGUAUGACUGGUGUUCUUACAAAAUGUACUUAUGAUAUGAUCAUUACUGCUGUUUGGUUCUUUUAUUAACAAUAAAAUAUGGGCAGAAUAUUCCUCCUUUGAUCUUCUUUAGGAGUGUUAGAAAUCAGGCCUUUCUGUUUAGCUAAUUGAAGAAUAUAAAUCCUUCAGAUGUAUUCAAAAUAUUGUUUCAUUGCUUUAUCUAAUGUAUAUAUUCAACUGAUUUAAACCAAGUGUUUGUACUAUGCAUGCAUCUCUUACUGAAUUAACAUUUAACACACUCAAAUCAGUAUGUUUUUCCACAUUUACACGUUCCCAUUUUAAUUUGUUGAAAAUGUGUUCAGAUGACAAAGUAAGGCUAAUGCUACUGAAAUGUUGGCAAGGGUUAUAAUUUGCUCACUCACUGCUGAACAGACCACUUUUAAGCUGCAGAGAAGCAGCUGAGUUGUGUAAUCUGCAGAAUGGAAAAAUAUUGCUUUAUUGAAUUAUGCAUGUAAAUGAAACUUUUCUGUACAUUUGGUAAGAAGUUUGCUUCAUAUUUACUGUGUCUCCUUGUGUGCAAAUUGCCUUAUGUGGUGGCAUCAUUUACGUUUUGUUCUUAAGUAAAUGUCCAACAUUGUGGGCAAUAACUGUCAGUGCAAACUUGGUUUAACAUAGGAACUGUUGCUAAUUGUUAAUACUUUUAUGUCUAUAUUAAGAAAACCUAGUGAUUCAAGUUAAUAAUUUAAGAAAAAAGUUUUCAAAUGCAUCCUUUUCCUUCACUGUACCCAUUACCACAUAACUUUUCGCACUGAGAUUACCAAGCCUCAGCAGCUAGGGACGUUGAAAGGUUGGAGCGAUGCCUCCUUUGUAAUAUAGUGAUUAAUGGAUUGUAAAAUGGUAUGGGGUCAUCUGAAUGAAAGAAAAUCAUGUACUUUUAUUUGAUAGCUAAUAUUUUUGAUAGAAAGUGUGUAGUAUUGAAAUGCGCUAGGUACUGCCACCAUUCUACAUGGCACCACAGAAUAUUUCAAGGUAUCGUCAUAGCAAACUACAACUCCCUAUUUUAGCCUAACUAAGUUAUGGUGUGACAUAAUUUAGCAUCUAACGUUUGAGAGAAAACAAUAAUAUUUUGAGAGAUGCAUUAAACCUGCAGUGUGUAUGGCUGGAUUUCCUACCUAUUAUUCUUAAUCCUUGUUUUCUAGAUUCCCCUUUGUCCAAAUGCUAAAUGAUUAUAAUUUGGAAGAUUGGAUGCACAGUACUUGAAAACACAGAUACAUCAAUUAGAGUGGUAAUCAUGAUUGCCAAAUUUCUAUCCUGAUUUUUUUUUGGAGCGGGGUGUCAUCAGACUUUUUUUUAACUGAAGUCAAAGACUAAUAAGAGAUUUCUUAAAGGAAUAGGUCAUCUCUGUGCUGUCUGAGGAGAUUUUACUUGAGGAGCAGUAGGGGCUGUAAGCAGGCUGACAUUUAGUAUUUAGGGCAUUUGUUCCCAAUUCCCAAACGUGAAACAAAAUAUAUAACUACAAAAAAUGUUGCACCAGCAAUCUGAGUAAUGAGUACAAAAUCCAUUGUCUCUCAAAAUGUAACGUGUAUCAGUAGCCUGUGAUAGCAAGGGAGUGCAUACCUCAAAUUUGCAUCAGCUAUUUUGCUGUCUGCUGAAUGCACAGCUCCUGAAAGGAAAAGGAGCUUCAAUAACACCAGGAGUUGAUGACUAUCAUGACAUUUUGAUUUAGAUGUCACAUUUUAUUCAAUUAUGUAAAGUAUCAAUAUUGUGAGUAGUAAAAGUACUAUUCACUCUCAGGGUAAAUUCUAAAUAACAUUUAUUUACCAUAUCAAAUAGUUUCAUUGGUAUCACAAUCCCAUGGACCUAUGUUAAUAGGAAUUUAAAAAGUAUCUAGUGCCCAACAUAAAGAUGUUGGAAAAUGGAUACCUUUACAUUUAGUCAUUAAUUAAUUCAGAAUCAGAUUUAUUAUCACUAUCUUUUUUGCAGCAUAAAGAUCACUGGUAAUCGGAUUCUGAACUAAUUUAUGACUUAUGCAAAGGCAUUUACCAACACCUUUAUAUUAGGCAGCUGAUUUAGCUGGUUCUUUUUGAAUUCCAAUUACUAAAGUUCUCUAAUUGAUUACUAACAUCCAGGUCCUAUUUCACUUCAAACAUUUUACAAAUAUUAAAAGCAAAAAUCUUAAGAUACCUUGUAUAGUAACAUGUAGGAUGAGGCUUAUCCAAUGCAAUCAUUUUAUGCAAUGCUUAGCUGUGGAAACCAGGGAUAUAUGAAGGUGAUGUCCAUCUGCACACAAGCGACAGUAAACUAGAAUUCAAACUUCCUGUCUCUGGACACUGUUUAUGAAAAACUAAACUAAGUAUGCAAAGAGAAAAGGAAUACAAAUGAGAUUCUCUUGCACAGACUUUCUAUCCUAUGCUGUGUAAGACACUUCUUUGCAAAAUAUUUAAAAUGGCUUUUUUUAAAACUGAUGUAUUUGGUAAUUGUUUGUUACUUGUAGAAAUCACCGGAGCUGUUCACGGUUUAAAUUUUAAGCCUGUUGGCAGCACAAGCUGGACUUUGUUGCCAUCAUUGAAACAAAUGUUGAUGAGACUUUAAGUUAACCUGCAAUUUCCCUGAAUGUGUUGUUUUACUUCAAUAUACAAAGAUAAGUGAACUUUUUAUCAGAUGAUUAUGCUAGAGAUUGUUGUAAAAAUUUGUACCCUGCACUCACUUAAGUAAAGAUAUUGGCUUUUACUGUGUAA